GAUCGCUGAAGUAAUGAAAGAAAUCAUGUGAAAUAUAAUCGUGUACAAUAAUUUUACUCUGUACAGUUUACAAUAAGUGAAUUUUAAUAAAUCCAAUGUAAAAAAGGACACUAUUUAUAAACGGAGUCGAAAUUUACAAGCAAGAUGGCCAAGGAAAUGAUGAUAGUGUUUGUGUACGACACACAAUGCUGUGUUACGGAGGAGGACGACCCUAUCAAUGCUGUUCUGUACUUCCAUCCUGGCUGGGUGUCCGACACACAGCGGCAUGCCUUAGCUGGACAGGUGGUAGGCGCAGCACACUGCGUCAAGUCGCUGUUCUCCCAGCCAACCGCCAUCACUCUUCAGAGCGGCAAGUUCAUCAUCAGGGAGUACGGCAGAUAUAUUCUGGCCAUAGGCAGCGACCGCAACAUCCCCGACUGGGUGCUCAAGAACCGCGCGUCUCUCCUCACGUCCAUGAUCAAAGUGUACCACGGGGACCUGCAAGCUUUAGCCCUACAGAUGGAAGACCAAAAGCGGUUAGCUGAGAAGCUGUACCAGAUCUUUGAGACAUACUUGCCCGUGCUUCAAUAUGGAUGUCACAUUUUUCAGAGGGUGCCGAUGCUUAGCCUACCAAAAAGUGCUACGGCAGUAUAUUUGGAAUCCAUGCAGAUCCUGGAGCAGUGCCGUCGCAACCGCGGCGUACUGGGUGGCGUCGUUCUUUACAAUAACAAAAUCGUCGCAACACUCCUACCUCCAAGUCUCACGUCAUACCUAACAGUAGUGGACCCGUACCGGAUAAAGUCACCCGCAGAGACUCUUGAAACAGAAACUCCACUGCCACUCGGCGCUCAGCUACUAGUUGUCUAUGUCGCUAAGAAGAUGUACAGUAGUCUUAAGAAACAAGCAGAGAAGAUGCAAGAAUUUAGCCAUAAUGGGGAGGAGAUGAUUGCCAGGUUUAAAAAGAACCAAGAAGCGGAACGCGACAAGCGCGACUUCCCAACCGGCAUGAAGCGGGACAAGUCGCUCCUGUUCACCGCCGUGCCAGAAGAGGACCACACGAUGAUCUCCCCUCCCGCUCGCGCGCCGCACGAGCCCCCGCCCCCCGCCAUGCCCGACGUCGUCCCCUUCACAAACAAACCGAGGCCCAGGCCCAAUAAACUCUCACUUAGCUUCAAAACUCAAAUAUCCGUCGACGAAGAAUCCAAGGAAAACGAAAAAGUCUUCACAGGACAAACGAGUGUAUGCUCCACACCCAUGCUAGAGUAUAAAAGACUCCAUGGCAACAUGCUUUCUAUUUGCCAAAACCCCGACCCGCAGAAAGAAAAACUUGAAACCGAACCCGAUGUCCUAAAGAACAUAGAAAACUGUGCCAAAGUCAUCGAAAAUGAAAAGAGGGAUAACAAAAUUGUCUUAGACAUAAACUGCAUCGCUGACCAUUAUAUAAACAAACCUGAGCCUAUCCGGAAAAUGGCGAGCGUUAUAGACAUACAGGAAACCUUUAAAAACGUGACCAACAGAGCCACAGCCAAGUUCAAGUUAAAAAGAUCACACGUCCCUUUACACGAUGAUAUGUCGCCUGAUCAAAUGCAGAAAAGCGUCAGCACAAUGACUAUAAACGAUCCCUCCUUCCCUGUAUUCAGAAAUGACGGGAUCGAGAUAUCAGAGUCCCUGUUUAACCAAUAUCUAGAACAGCAUUACGCUAGUAUGAAACAGGAUUUGUCCAAAGAAGACAACAUGUUCACUUAUAACAUGAAGGUAUGUGAGCAGGAAAAAUUUGAAGGCUUCGAUUCGGAGUUGACGAAAUCGCCUCAGCGGACGCCAAAGAAAAUCCCUAAAGACUCUAAAACCGUUGAUCAGUCUAGGCGAAAAUCGUUAUCACUGCCUCUAAAAUCUUUAUCAGAAAGUUCAGAUUCUCAGAUCGGUUCGGAUUCGUCGGCUAGCUUUAAGAAGAAGCUAAGUGGGGUGCAACUAACGCCGUUGAUGGAGAAGCUAAGUCACUUGGCGUUUUCGGACAAGUCGAGUGGGUAUAGCAGUCGAGUGAUGACGCCGCUUGAGCUGAGAGAGUUCACUCCGGCGGCGGAACGGCAAAUCACGUUCAGUGACAGACCAAAAACCCAACACCAAGACUCAGAAUCGGACUACGAUUCCGAUUCAGACUUGGAACUCCUGCCCUCCUACACGCAGCACGCCGUCAAGUGCGGUCUCUUCGUGAGCGGACUGCACAAUAUGGCGCUCUUGGCGCUAGUGGACGCCAGCGCGGCUGGCGACAGUGACGUCAUCAACUCUCUCUGGGAAACGUCUCUAAACGCCCUCGGCCCCAUCGAGCAGAAAUGCAUGGAGCCGCUCAGUGCCGGCGCGGAUGACGCGAGCGAUUACAGCUAUCUCACUCUAGACCCCGACUGGGGGACUGUUAGAAAGGGAGGGCCUUGGGCUGCGCUCGAUAUAGCCACUAUGGGGCUCAUACACCACGAGUUGGCCGCCGAUCCUGAUAUGUCGGAGAUGAUUCUAAGGAGCGACGAGAGCUGCGUCCUCGGCGUGUCCAUGGGCGGCGCGCAGAUCUACUACCAGGAGAGCGGCGCGCGCGGCGCCGGCCCGCCCGCGCCCUCCGACCCGCUCGCCGCCGCGGCGUUGCGCGCGCGCCGCCGUCUGCACCGCGACCACGCCGCCACUAUCAUAUAAACCUGGCUAUAACUGAGGCUCCAGAGUUACUUGAACACGAGUCGAUUGUGGCCCGUGUGGACGGCGAAGAUAUACUAGAGUGCCACUAGCGGCGCCUUCGAAUCCACUCGCCGCUGCCCCGCUACGCGCGCGCCGGCGCCUUCGCUGCGACCGUGCCGCUCCUGUUACAUAAAUCUGGAUACUUAGGUAUAGUGAGGUUUAGGCGAGUGAAGAUUUCCCAGAGUUUUACUUGAACGCGGAACAAUGACUUGAAUGUUUAAAAGAAGAGUGCUUCUAGCGACGCUUUUAGAUCCCCUAGCUACGACUCCGUUACGGGCGCAAAACGGCUACAACUUAUCAACCUAGAUACUUGAUUUGAGGUUUCUCAGGCAUUACUUGAACGCCGUUGAACCGGCGAUUUAUCAAUAAAGUGCCACUUGCGGCGCCUCGAAACCGCUCGGCCGCUUUAGGGUCAAUUUACACGGCGCUCGACGCACGUUGCGUACUAAUACUUGCGGUAGUUUUCAUUCCCAUGAAGAAACAUUCCUCCUGUAGUCGAGUCAAAAUUUGACGGUAUUAGGAAAAGUAAGGAGUAAACUUGUAAAGUAGGCUCAUGUGAAGUUAAAUGGCAUGAAACGGCUAUGUUCAAUAUUAAUAAUUUAUGUAGGUAUCCUUAUAAACCUGAUAAUUUACUAAUGAAUAUGUAGAAAGGCGUGUUCAAAUAUACCUAUCCCUGUCUCUGUAGACAGGGAUAGGAAUUUUCACAUAAGACAUUCAAACCAAUCGGGAAAAGGUGGAAUACACCCGUAGAACGCGUACCUAUAUUGUUUCGUUAUUCUAGUGUAAGCUUGUGACGCAGUCAAUCUUUGAUGCCGUCUAGGAGUAGGUAAUCGUUAGACGUCUAGUUGGAAUCUUAUUCCUUAUUUUAUACUAUUAUUAUGUAGAACUCGCUAUUUAUAACUACACUGUAUUCCAAAAUCGAAAAGAAAAUUGAUUUUGCGAUCACGUGCUUAGCACUUCGUCCAGUCACGCCAAAAUAUUUAUUUUUUAUCUAAAAUAGUCUUGCCAUAGAUUUUUAAUUAUACAUAAAUGUAUUUGCUAGUUUAUUUAUGUACUAUUCCAGGCUUUAUUCGCCAAUAUUAGAUAUAAGUAUGUUUUAUUGUUGUUAUUAGGGCCACUCGCGCGGUUCACAGUUAGAUACUUUGAAUAUUCUCACUUUCCGUACCAAACAAUAUUGGCAGCAAUGGGUUAACACAGGGUCGGUUGCACCAAACAAUCUAUUACGAAAUUUAGCAUUCGCUAAUUCUUUUGAAUGGAAUUCCAUUGACUUCUGCUGCGUGAUGUUGAUGUCUCUGUGGUUGAUGGAACUGGCCCUUAGACUACUUGCGUUAUGGGAAAUAUUAAUUAGUUUUUAGUAUAUUUUGGUCAAGAUUAUUUUUGACUAAAAUACUUCUUUUUACUCUUUGGAACUGUUUUUUACAGAACUUCUGACCAAUACAAAAUUGUAUACAGGUUGUCCACAUAUCAUAUAGUGCUGCUCAUGAGUUUUCGUUCUAAAUCUUCUAUAUAUAUAUACAGUAUGAUAUACUUACUUCCUGUAAUGAAAGUGGUACUAAGUACUUUGUACUUACUUUUAAGCAUGGCAGCUGCUCCCAAAAUGUUCGAAGACUGGAUCCUUCAGGGACGUUUUCAAUUAAUAGUAAUAUACUUACUUCCCUAUUACAAAGAAGCUUAUCUGUCUAACGAAGUCCAAACUAAAGAACUACCAGAAGUAGGUACUAUUGCUUAUUAUAUGACAAUUUCAUUGCCAUUUGAGGCUUUGCAGUGAGAAUAAUUAAGAAAAAACAAAAUGUCAUAAAACAUCGCUUCAAUUUGUUUAGAAAAUUACGAAAUACUGUAAUUUUCUUCAGCUCAUCUCAUUCUUGCCAUUAGUUAUAAGUUUCUGGCCAAGUAGGAUAAUGGUAUCUAUGCGAGCUCAAUCUUGCCAUCCAAUCAGAGUAUUGUAAAGGUUUUAAUUUAUACUUUGUAUUCCACGUUUUUUGUUAUUCAGUAUUAUUUGACAUUCCAAGUUAUACAUUAUUUUGACAUAUUCACGUUGCCACGAGAUAACCAAUUCGUAUGUCUGAUCUGUGAUGAUUGUGUUAUUUUACAUAUUUGAAGAUAUGGGGCCCAUUUCUCAAAACUGAAAGUUAUAAGUUACAAGCGGAAGUCUCUUUCCAACUUGUCAUAUUAGCCAUUGACAACCGCUUGUAAAUUGUAACUUCGAGAAAUGGGCCCCUGGUUAGAUAACCAGCCAGCACCUUUUUCACUUGGUGCCGUGACCACGAUAUCUCCUGACAUCUGUGUGCGUCCAUCGACAAGGUAAAACGACAUUUACAUGAUCAAAUCAUCAAGUUUCCGAUAGUCACGUAAUGAAUGGCGUACGUCACUCAAGGCGACUAAAUCGUAGGUUAUUGUCUUCUGUAAAUCCUGUCUCCGGGUUCGUCUCGAGGCAACAUGAAUUAUUAUUUUACCUAGUUUUAAGAAAUGUACAAAAUGUAACGCGUCCAAAGCUGUAAUUCUUUGCAUAUUUACUAUUUUGUUGUAAGCUAGUACUAUUUUAACAGCCAAAAUGAGUGCUUAUUUAUACAAACCAUACAUUUAAGUGCGAUUGACGCUAGUCCAGUCAACGAUUAACAAAAAAGGAUAAUGGGUUGAUCUACAUCCUUGUAAAGCUCCCAUUGAUACCUUUUUAGCUUUCUCAUUCCAAGCUUCGUCCUAAAUAAAAUACCUUGACUGUUAUUUUUUAUUGUUUUUAAAUUAUAUUUUUAUAUGAUUUGGAAAGACAUUUGAAAAGUUGCCAUUGUAAGGAGUGCCAAUGUGACACGUAUAUAAUAUUAAUUUCUUAUAGUUAUACAUAGAAAUUGUUAAGGAUUUUAAUAAAAACCCAAUAGAGAA